AUGGACCAGAUAAUGCCAGUGCUGGGCACCCAGAGAAGGGGACUGAGGGUCAGCUGCUGGAAGGUAACCGUUGCUGCUGCUGUGGUGGGCAGCGUGACAGCCCUCUACCUGGGGAUCCUGCUAGCCUGUCAUCCCGUGGGAGAGACCAGCUUUGAGCACACAGUGGAGCUGCAAGGAAUCACGUUCAAUAGCAGCUUACAGAUGGAGAACUCAGACUACUACAGGGUGCUGACGCCUGCUCUUGAGAGGCUGUUUCUGUCCAGUUUCCAAGAUUCCCAGCUGGACUGGAGCUGCACCGGUUGUACCAUCCUGGGCUACAGCAGGAGUGGAAACUCGAGCGUGAUCGUCCGUUUCCGCCUCCGCUUCACCCCCCAGGAUUCCCAGCCCCUGAGCUCUGUCAUGGAGGAGGAAGCUCUCAGGCAUGGGCUGCUGGCUGCCCUGCACGAGCAGGGUCUCUCCCUGGCUGCCUACGGGACUAUAUCCUCAGCUUCUCUUACAGGUCCCAGUGAGGUUUCUCCCCACAGACCUGGACUGAAAUCAGGGAGCUGCCCUGGAGACACGUUCACUUGCCACAACACUUAGUGUGUGUGCCAAGAAAAUCCUGAAUGCAAUGGCCAAAGAGACUGUGCCGAUGCCUCUGCUGAAAGGGGCUGUGACUGCGGGAGCCGCCCUGCCAUGCAGACUGCCAGCAGGAUAGUUGGGGGCUCAGAGGCGUCCAGAGGGGAGUUCCCAUGGCAAGUCAGCUUGCGAGAGAACAACGAGCACUUCUGUGGUGCUGCAAUCCUCACAGAGAAGUGGCUGGUGUCUGCUGCGCACUGCUUCACUGAGUUUCAGGACCCAGCCAUGUGGGCAGCUUCCACAGGGACUACCUCCCUCAGAGGCUCAGAGAGCGGUGCAGUGGAAAUGGGUAUCGCACAGAUCAUCCCGCAUCCCUCCUACAACGCCGACACGGCUGACUAUGAUGUGGCUGUGCUGGAGCUGAAGAGACCUGUGACCUUCACUAAGUACAUCCAGCCCGUGUGCUUGCCAGAUGCUGGGCAUCACUUCCCCACCAGCAAGAAGUGCCUUAUCUCCGGCUGGGGCUACCUCAAGGAGGAUUUCUUGGUGAAACCCGAGUUCCUGCAGAAAGCAACAGUGGAGCUGCUGGACCAGAUGCUGUGCUCCAGCCUCUACAGCCAUGCCCUCACAGACAGGAUGCUGUGUGCUGGCUACCUGGAGGGGAAAAUCGACUCCUGCCAGGGAGACUCUGGUGGACCACUGGUUUGCCAAGAACCAUCUGGCAAGUUUUUCCUGGCAGGAAUUGUGAGUUGGGGAAUUGGAUGUGCUGAAGCCAGGCGGCCUGGGGUUUACACACGUGUUACCAAACUCAGAGACUGGAUCUUGGAUGCUAUUUCUGCCUCCCCCACCUCCAUAGGCCACCCCCUAAUACACUCCAGUACUAAUAGUAACAUGGUCAGCGCUGAAGAGCACACCACCACCACAGCAAUCCCCACCACUUCACCAGCCCCAGCUGCCAGCCAGCCAGUGACUGCAUCGAGACCACAAGAGUGUGGAGGACGACCUGGGUUCUCUAAACCCAGCAAGAUCGUGGGAGGAACAGAUGCUUCCAGAGGAGAGAUCCCCUGGCAAGUCAGCCUGAAAGAAGACUCAAGGCAUUUCUGUGGAGCCACCAUAAUUGGGGAUCGCUGGCUGCUGUCGGCAGCUCACUGCUUCAAUGAGACAAAUCCAGACGAGAUCGGCGCCUAUGUGGGAACAACAUCAGUAAAUGGAACAGAUGGGGAUGCAGUGAAAGUCAAUGUAACAAGAGUGAUCCAGCAUCCCCUCUUCAACCCGCUUAUUCUGGACUUUGAUGUGGCCAUACUUGAGCUGGCAAGACCUCUUGUCUUCAACAAAUACAUCCAGCCCAUCUGUCUCCCACUUGCUGUGCAGAAGUUUCCCGUUGGCAAGAAAUGCCUGAUUUCUGGGUGGGGUAACCUCCAAGAAGGGAACGCCACCAAGCCUGAGAUCCUGCAGAAAGCCUCUGUGGGCAUUAUAGACCAGAAGACUUGCAACUUCCUCUACAACUUCUCCCUCACUGACCGAAUGAUCUGUGCUGGCUUCCUGGAGGGGAAGAUAGACUCAUGCCAGGGAGAUUCAGGUGGACCCUUGGCCUGUGAGAUGACCCCAGGAGUGUUUUAUCUGGCUGGCAUUGUGAGCUGGGGAAUUGGUUGCGCCCAGGCUACAAAACCUGGUGUGUACUCCAGAAUUACCAAACUCAAAGACUGGAUCCUGGAUACCAUCUCACAGUUGCCCAGUCCUGGCACAGGCACCCCUUCCAGAUCAGCCAUCACUAGAAUUCCUACUGCAGCCAUCCUCACCCACCAGCCCAGCACAACAGCUGCAAGUCCAGUCAACAGAACCACCUUGAGCAUGAAGAUGACCACAACCAUGAAAGAAACCUCCACAGCUCUGGAAACCACUGAGCCUGCCAAGCCCACCCUAACCCCAGUGGUGCCUUGUACCAGCCUCACCUUCAAGUGUUCCAGCAAGGUCUGCAUUGGAAAAGAAAAUCCCGAAUGUGAUGGUGUUGUUGACUGCAGCAACGGCUUCGACGAGCACAACUGUGACUGUGGCUUAUCAACUGCUCUGGCCUUCAGCAAGAUCGUGGGUGGCAGCACUGCAGCUCGAGGAGAAUGGCCCUGGCAAGUCAGUCUCUGGCUUCGGCAGAAGGAGCACAAGUGCGGGGCUGUCCUCAUUGCGGACCGCUGGCUGCUGUCUGCAGCUCACUGCUUUGAUAUUUACAGUGACCCCAAAAUGUGGGUGGCCUUUCUAGGAACACCCUUCCUGAGUGGCAUCGAUGGCAAAAUUGAGAAAAUAUUCCGUAUCUACAAGCACCCUUUUUACAACGUCUACAGCCUGGACUACGAUGUGGCACUGCUAGAGCUGAACACGCCCAUCAAGUUCAGCAGCACCAUCAAGCCUAUAUGUCUCCCAGACAAUUCACACAUCUUCCAUGAAGGAGCCAGAUGCUUCAUCACAGGCUGGGGCUCCACAAAGGAAGGAGGUCUCAUGUCAAAGCAUCUGCAAAAAGCAGCAGUGAACAUGAUCGGAGACCAGGCCUGCAAAAAGUUCUACCCUGUCCAGAUCAGCAGCAGAAUGGUGUGUGCCGGUUUCCCGCAGGGCAGCGUCGACAGCUGUUCAGGCGAUGCAGGUGGGCCCCUGGCAUGUAAGGAACCCUCAGGAAAGUGGUUUCUAGCAGGAAUCACAAGCUGGGGCUAUGGCUGCGCCAGACCGUACUUCCCUGGUGUCUACACGAAAGUCACAGCUGUCCAGGGCUGGAUCGCGCAGCACCUCAAGCUCUGAAGUUGUAUUUUGCCACUCAGGGAAGGCGACGAACGAGAGGCGUAAUUGCCAGAGAAUGCACUAACCCCUCAGCUAUGUACAUUUUCUUUGAUGCUGCAAAGGGGUGAAGAUGGCCUGCAGGUAUUAAGCAAAUGCCAGUGUUGUGUGACCUGCUGCAGUUAUGACAUCAGGGCAUUUGAUAACUGCUUCACGUAGAAAGGUACAGUUCUAGACAUUUUCUAUAAAUAAAGGAGGCCUGUCCCA